CCCCCCAGCCUCCCGGAGCAGGACGCGUCUCCAGGGCACAGAAGGACGCAGACGCGGCUCGCUCCGUCCGUUUCCGCCUGUGGGAGCGCUUUGCAGCCAUGUUGGACACGCUCAUCUUCCUGCUGGAGAAGCUCUUCCUGCUCGCGCACGUCAAGCUGAGCAGCCUGCUGCCUCCUCGGGGCCGCAGCUGCGAAGACGCGCCCUCCUCCAGGCGCUGCGACCGGGACGACGCCGCGCCGUGGCUCCAGUUCCAGCGCGGAGACCUGCUGGAGGUCCCGCGGACGCUCUUCACGCACUUCGGCAUCUACCUGGGCGAGGACCGCGUGGCGCACCUCAUCCCCGACGUCCUGCCGGCGCUCACCGCCGACAGCCGCCACAUCCGAGAGAUGGUGAGCAACACGCGGCUGCUGCUCGGGGUUCUGUCCAAGCGCGCCAGCGUCCGCGUGGACUCCGUGGAGGACUUCGCGUACGGAGCCGGGAUCGUGCCCAACGCCUUGGACCGAGCCGUGGUUCCGAGCCCGCUGUGCGCGGAGGAGGUGGCGGCGCGCGCGGAGCGGCUGGUCGGCCCCGUGUCCUACAGCCUGCUGUGGAACAACUGCGAGCACUUCGUCACCUACUGCCGCUACGGGACGGCGCGGAGCCUGCAGACCGAGAAGACUGAAUCCACCCGUGAGGCGUCCGGCGCCACGUUCCCCUCUCUGUCUCCUCUGCAGCUCCUCGCUCUGCUCUUCAUCUCUGUCCAGAGCCACAACCCAGAAGAACAGAGGAGGAAGAGGGAGGAAGAGGAGGAGGACGACCGGGCGGGAGAGAGGAGUAAAUACGACCGGGGGUUCAGGAGAGGAGACCUGCUGGAAGUUCCCCGCACGCUCUUCACACACUUUGGGAUCUACCUGGGAGGAGACAGAGUGGCUCAUUUCAUCCCAGACAUCGUGCCCGUGGUGUCAUGUGACCAGCGUCGGGUCCGGCAGAUGGUGACCAACACCAGGCUUCUACUGGGAGUUCUGGCCAAGUGUGUCUCCUGUGUCCCACUCUGCAGCGCGAGAGUGGACUCUGUGGACGACUUCGCCUACGGGUCGCAGGUACUGAUCAACACCAUGGACGCGGUGUGCAGCCGGCCGGCGCUGCCCAGCGAGGACGUGGCCCGCAGCGCGGAGCGGCUGCGGGGCCACGGCGGCUACAGCCUGCUGUGGUACAACUGUGAGCACUACGUCAUGUACUGUCGCUACGGCGCCGCCGCCAGCUUCCAGACCUUCCAGUUCUGUAAGACAGUGAGGAAGCUGGUGCUGAGCCGGCGCGUCGCCAUGGUGACGGCGGUGCUCGGGGCCUGUGUGCUCCUCUGCCUCCGAGCCGUGAGCAUCUGGACCGGACCUCUGGCCGUCCUGCUGCCCUUCGUCAUCUGGAUGGCCUCGUAGCCAACUGGGCCCAGACGGAAGGCGUUUCUGCUGAGUUUGUAAAGAGCCUUGAGAUGAACCUCGUGAAGUGGCACCACAUUAAUAAAACUAACUGAACUGAAACUCUGGGGGCGGCUCAAGUGGAAGUUACGGUUCCUCGAUUAUUUUAAGCAAAAUUCAAACAAUUAAAACGUGAAUAUACGUAACAUUAUCUGUCUGCUGCUUUAAAUGUUGGUUACGUUUUGAGAGGAGGUGGUGAGAGGUGCAGCAGGUAAUAGUGUUAUGAUUAUGUUAGUUUCAUUCAAACUAACUCCUGGCAUGAUGCAUUUUGCAGAGAAUCAAGUAGAAUUCAAAGCUGGGACCACAUUAAUGUUUGAAAUGAUUUCCAGUUGUCUUCAAAAUGUUGUUAUGCUAGAUAAUUAAAGUUAUGUAAUUAAGGUUAGAUAAUUAAAGUUAGGUAAUUAAGGUUAGAUUAAGGUUAAUUAAUAACUGAGCCAACUUGGAGCCGUGGGAGCAGAACAUGAACCCUCCAACUAACACAGACUCCUGACGAGA